AGUGGCACAUCUUCAAAUAGAGUCGAUCCAGCUGUCGAGGCUGGUAACUCAGGGCUCUGGCCUUCAGAGAUCACCGUGAAAUGUGACUCCAGCUCAGUGGCAGAGGAAGCUGAGACGAUCAUCUGCUUCAACCUUUGCCUUCUUGGCCAGCAACCUUGUGGUCUUUGCUCUCAGAGGGUCUUGGUUGCUGUAACCCUCAGUCACAGAACUUGCCCCCAGUCCAUGUUUAGACAGUAUUUAACAGCUAGAAUUGACUAAACAAAUGCGAAGAGUAGAAAUUGAGACUUUUGCUCCAGUUUGGGACAACUUAGCUUUAGAUUUAGAAUGAGAUGUGUUAGUGAGAGGCUGUUCUGUGCUUCAGACGAGGUGAAGGUGUGUGAUGUGCGUGUUCUAACACACUGUUCCAGAUUGUGACACACAGCACACCAGCACGCACCAGCACACACCCACACACACUGUGCUCUCAGCCCGUGGAGGACAGGAGCAGGUAAAUCAGCAGCAGCUAUUUUACCUCUGGGGUGACACUGACCGAUUGAAACAGGGGGUUAGAACAUGUAGUUCCUGCUGCUCUUCCUUCCCUGUCAUCUCCCUCUACUGAUAAACAGGGGUGUCAAAACAUCUUUAAUAUUUUUGUAAGAAAAGACACAAAGUAGGCCAGCGAGUACCCCUGGGUAGAUGCAGUAACACUUCUCUUGUGCAUUUGUUGGGGUUCCCUUCUUGCUCUUUGGUAGCAGAUGAGGAAGCUGGAAAAAUGGACCAGGGAACAGGGCUCCUUCAGUACCAAGAAAGACAAGCUUGUAAAAUAAACUAGACAGACUUUCAUUACACUAUUUAUCUUUUCUAGCAAAGAUAAAAUUUAUGGCACUUGUGGCUUGUUUUUCCUGACUCCUACCUGCUACAUCUGUCAUUUUUUUUUUCUUUUUUUUUUUUUUUUUUUUACGAAAUGAAUUCCAAAAUCUCAGUAAAAAACUUUACUAGCGUUCUGGAGAAAAGAAAAGUGUUUAAAAUUCUCAUCAACUUCCACUGGAGACCUGCUGAGUGCACCAGAGUUACUCAUUUUUAUUCAGGCUUUCAGGGGUUAGUUCAGUUGAUGUCUGUUCAGCACUCAGAUUGCCAUGUUAACUGAUACCAGUUUAAAAAAAAAAACCACAACUAUUUUUGAGUUAAUAUUUUUAAAAAUGAAGAGACUUUUAAGGAGUUUGGAACUUUGAAGGUUUUUUAGGGGGUUUUUUGUGGGUUUUUUUUUGUUUAUUUUAAAGUUUUGCUUUUUUGCCCAUUCCUUAAAUAAGAUCCAUUCAAAUUCUGAGCAGCUCUUGAAGCCUGCUCAGGAAUAUGGAAGGCAACAACCAAAAUGCUGAGCUGCCUGGGUGUUCAAACCAGCUAAAUCUGAGGGGGUUUCUUUUUUUCUUUUUUUUUUCCCCAGUUCUGGUGGAUAUAGUAACGUUGCAUUAUACAGGGGUCUCUCACUUCCUAGGGAAAAGAAACGCCGCCUUCUAGAGCAUGAAUUCCUUCUGAUUUGUGUUUGAAUGCCCCUGCUCAGCCAAGCAGUGGUCCUUAAUUGCCAUCUGUUUAAGUCUUGGCUUGUGCAAACUAAAGAAAUGUACUUGAAAUUUAACUGUCAGUGAAAUUUAACUUGGUGACACGUUUUGGAAAAAUUUUUCUUACCAAACUUCUACAUGAAAGAGCACCAGGAAUUUUUAGAAGUAGAUGCAUAGGAAUCUGUGUGACCCAAAGUCUGGUUUUGAAGGUGCUAAAGGUCAAAAGUGAAUAGUCCCAUUAAUACCGAAGAAGGGAAGAAAACCUUGCCCUUAACUCCUGUUUUUAUUCCCUUUGUCAAGCAGUCAAAAACCAGUAACUAAUACAAAAACCCAACUUUUCCUCUCUUUAUUUUAGAUUUGGGAAAAUUCCCUGCCAAAAAAAAAUAUCCUGGAAAAUUCACUAGUGUUUGUGAGAAGUUAACUGGAAGUCUUUGAAGAUCAGUAUCUUUGCUGAAGUUGUCCAGGGUUACUUUUAAAAAGAAGAUUUCACUGAUCAAGCCAGUAGAAGACUUUCAGUCCAAGAAAGAGUGAAGUGAGCUCUUGCCAAGAGUGGAGGAAGUCCCUGUUGAGCAAACACUUCUGACCUGAGCUUGUUCUAAGAAUUUGUCCAUUAUGUCCAACCAAGGAGAUGAUUGCUACUUCUAUUUCUAUUCCACGUGUAACAAGGGAGACAGCUGUUCCUUCCGCCACUGUGAAGCUGCUCUGGGGAAUGAAACAGUCUGCACACUGUGGCAGGAGGGUCGCUGUUUCAGGAAUAUCUGCAGAUUCAGACACAUGGAAAUCGAUAAAAAGCGCAGUGAGAUUCCUUGCUACUGGGAGAACCAGCCCGUGGGGUGUCAGAAAUCCAACUGUGCUUUUCAUCACACAAAAGGACGUUAUGUCGAUGGACUCUUCUUACCGCCGAGCAAAACUACGCUGCCGAGUCCACCCGAGUCUGCGGAAGACGAUGGGAAAAUGACUCAGAUGUCACUGCAGCAAAACAAACUUUCUGUCCAGUCCAAUCCCUCUCCACAGCUGAGGGGGGUGAUGAAAGUGGAAAACUCUGAAAAUGUCCCAAGUCCUACACAUCCUCCGGUUGUAAUCAACGCUGCGGAUGAUGAUGAAGAUGAUGAUGACCAGCUUUCUGAAGAAGGAGAUGAAACUAAAACACCCGUCCAGCAACCGGCGACAGAAGCCCAUAAUGGAUUGCGGAUAAUUUCCACUAGGAAAUCCAAUGCUAAUACAAAGCCAGAUGACAAUUUAAAUUUCGGAAUAAAAACACUUGAAGAAAUCAAAUUGAAGAAACUAAAGGAAAAAACAAAAAAACAAGGUGAAGGUCCUUCAGGAGCCUCUGUUCAUCCGCUCCAAUCCCGGACCGUUCCUGUGCCAGAAAAGGAAAAUGUACGGACCGUAGUGAGAACUGUGACUCUGUCUACCAAGCAAGGGGAGGAGCCUGUGAUUCAACUGAAUCUUGCAGAGAGACUGGGUAAACGGCAAACCUCCAUGGCUGGUAAAAGUGUCCUUCCGCUAAAGCGCAACCUUGCUGAGAGGCUGGGAAAGAAGAUAGAGACUCUGGAGAAUGCUGACAAAGCACCAAAGAGAGUUCAAGUCCCCAAGUCUCUGAAGGAGAGGCUGGGAUUGCCCUCUGAGCAGACCAGUACAGAGACAGAGAAGGCUGCUAAGCCAUCAGGAGAGAUCCGCGUGAAGACACUGGAGGAAAUUCGCCUUGAGAGAGCUCAUCAGAGACGAGGAGACCCUCAAGCCAAACCCCAGACCGAAGGACGCUCUAAACCAGAAGAUCCCAGCUCAGGAGCAAGACCUUCCCCUGCAGUUCGUAUCAAAACUUUCUCAGGAGUCCUGGCUGGAAAAAAACACAAACGAUUGGAAGAAGAGAAGCAAAAACCAGAAGAGGUUCCUGCCAAGAAAAAAGUGGAGAGUGAGCCCAAGAAGCAGAGCUUUCUUGCUCCGUCUGUGCCCUGCAAAGUGCAGCUGGCGGAGCCGGCAGGGAAAGCCAAGCCAGCAGAAGUGCGUAUUAAAACCUUGGAAGAAAUCAAGCAGGAGAAAGCUCUGCGGAUGCAGCAGAGCAGAGAAAAUGUGCCAGCUCCACCAGCACAACCCGAACCUGCCCCGCCGGGGAGGAGGCUGUUACGGAUCACAAAGCUGACAGCACCUGGAAGAGAAGAAAAGAAGAUAGUGGAAUUGAACAAAUCUUCUCCCAAAGCUGUCUCUGCACCUGCGGAGCCCUCUGAUCAGAGUGCAACUAAUUCUAAAGUUCAAGUGAAGAACCUUGAAGAAAUGAUGAGGGAGAAGCGGCAACUGAAACGGCGCCAAGAAGAGAAGCUUCAGAAGGAAGCAGCUGCUGUGCCCUCUCUUGUGGAAAAAGUGGUCAAGGAUAAAACUCCAGCAUCAGGGGGUCCUGAAUCCACCGUGGUUUCAGGGUCACCUUAUCAACUUGCCAAGAGGAUAUCGGUGAAAUCACCAGAAGGUGGGGUUGAAAGCCCUGGAAAGGAUGCUGCUGUAUCACUAGGGAAACAGACAGCUCCGCUUCUGGAAAGGAAAACUGAAACCAAACCCAAGCUGUGCCUGAAGCCUUCGGAUGGGAAAGGCACCUCCCCGAUGAAACAGGCGCUGAAGCGUAAGUCAGCGGAGAGUCAUCCCUCUGCUGUGGCGGCUGUGAAACCAUUGAGUGCCACUGGUGGUGACAUGAAGGAGCCUUCAGCUAAAAAAGCAGCUGUGGCCGUUGUUCCUGCAUUGCCUGAGGACAGCCUGGUCUCCAUACCCGGGAGAGAAAAACCCCAAACCAGCCCUGAGCUGCAUAUGGGGAGCCAGGUGGACUCCGUGGGGCAGUCAGAGGUCUCAAGCUCAACUUCACCUUCUUCGGUAGCGGCGAAGACACGUCGGCUGAGCUCCACAGGGGCUGGGAAAGCUCCCUUAUCUGUAGAAGAUGACUUUGAGAAGCUUAUUUGGGAAAUCUCAGGAGGCAAACUGGAAGCAGAAAUCGACCUGGACCCAGGGAAGGAUGAGGAUGAUCUCCUCCUGGAACUUUCAAAAAUGAUUGACAGCUGAACUGCACACUCUUCGAGGUUUAAAAAAAAAAAAACACCAAACAAACCCAAAACAACCCUCCCCCCCCAAUAUUAAAACUGUCUUUUGUUGGAUACCCGGAGGUGAUCCUUUUUCUAGCUGAGGCUUUGCAUUGAGUUUUAAAGCACAGUUGAACUGGUAGAAAUUGGCAAUACCUGCACUUGGUUGUCCUCGAUGUCCCUGCUGGUCAGAGUCCCUUCCCUGCCCGUCGGCGGCCGCCUUCCGCAUUCAGAGGACAAAGCACUUGUUUUUUUGGGGGACAGAGACGUGCCCAUCUGUAAACUGUGCUGGUUGUGACCUGCUCUACUGAUUCUCUGAUGCUCUGAAGGCGUAAACUUAAAAGCUUCUUCCUUCCUCCCAGCCCCAUCUUGGCACAACUCAACCUUCCAGCGCGUUUCCAACCUUUGCUGGUCUGAUUCCUCGGACAGUCGAUACCUAAAGCCCGGAGUUACUAUGUCAACUCUUGAGUUUGGUUUCUGUACGCUAUCGUUUUGACUUUUAAUCAACUUAAUGAAAAAGCCUGGGGGGCGGGAGGGAGCAGGGUAAUUUCUCUCAAGUAUCUUGGACCAAACGUGCUGCGGGGCUGGCGGGGGGGGUCAGCCCUUACUUUGAAUUAUCAGGGACGCUCCUGUGUUUGUGAGAAGCAGCAGCUGGAGAGCACAGCUGGAAUAGCUGGAAUAUCCCCUCCCAAAGCUUUGGGGGAGAGGGGGAGAGAGAGAGGGCUGGUGGGAGGUACUCGGGAUUCCUCCCCGUGUCUGCAGUAAAUUGGUUAAAGUAAGAAUUGGCUUAAAAGUGCCUCUCGGUUCCCAGAAUCUCUCCCCUGAGCUGCUGGGAAGUGGUGGGUGCUCAGAAUCCUCUUUGUCCCUUUGGCACCCACCCAGGGGGGAGUGUGUGCCCCGGGGCCACCCAUCUCAGAACCCGGUGCCUCAGCAGGACCAACCCCCCUGCCCUUUGAUUUUUUUGGGGCCAUUUCCCAGGGAUUCUCACCUCGGUCUCUUCUGUCCCAGCGCUGCGGGUAGAGGUGACGGCUGUCUGUGUGUGUAUGGAUUUGUCACCCUACAAAAAGCCCCCCAGACUGGGGCUGUAUUGAGUACCUUGCCACCGAGUGAUCUGUUUAUCCCCUCACAGAUAUAGUUUGAAUUAUUUUCCUAUUUUUAUUUCGAAGGAACUCUGAAGUAUCUUCCUCCUAUUCGUGAAGCUGUGGGCCCUCAGGCAUUUGCUGCUGGCAGAGGAAAAAAAAAAUAGUAGUUUGGUUGUAAAUACGUUCUUUUUGGAAAGAAAAAAAAAAAAACAUUUUUGUGUGCUUGGCUCAUCCACUGUGAUGUCUUAGUUCCUCCAGGAAAAGUUUGGGAGUCGGGCUUUCGGCCUGGGCCCCCCCGCUUUCUGUAAAUAUUUUAUUCUUCCCUUUUAUAUUUGUAUUCUAUUUAAGGUAUUGUAUUGAAACGUAGCCUGGCCUCCUUCCGCGCCGGUAGGUGAACCGUUCCAAGCGUCAGCAAGUUAACAAGUGGUUUUUAAAGAAAUAAAAAAUAUAUAAAACUGCCA